AUGGGAAACUGUCAAGCGGUGGACACAUCAAGAAUCGUGAUACAACACCCAAAUGGGAAAGAUGAAAUUUUUAGUUUUCCAGUUUCUGCUAGUUAUGUGAUGAAGCUGAAUCCUGGCCAUUGUGUUUCUCUUCUCAUUUCCACCACCGCUCUCUCCACCGCCACUUCCGGUCAGGGAGGCCCUCUUAGGCUCACGAGGAUCAAGCUCCUUCGUCCCACGGAUACGCUGGUUCUCGGCCACGUCUACAGGCUAAUUACCACUCAAGAGGUUAUGAAGGGUUUAAUGGCUAAGAAAUGCUCUAAGUUGAAGAAAGAAGGCAAGGUGUCAGAAGAUAAGCUAGAGAUGGUGAAAGCAUUAAGCUCUAAUAAGCUUGAGAAUGAAGUUCAGAUGAAGAAGCAAGAGAAAGAAAGGCCAUUAAGAAUCUCAAGAUCAUGGCAACCCUCUCUACAAAGCAUAUCAGAAGGAGGUUCCAGCUGA